AUGUCUACCGCCCCCGCCGCUCCGAGCGCUAAGCCGGCAGCGGCCUCGCAUGGCGCGCUCCCGUUCAUCCGAGGCGGGCUCGCCGGGGUGCUAUCGUGGCUAGUGAUCCACCCAGCGGACGUGGUGAAGGUGCGGAUGCAGCUCUCCAGCGACGGGCGCGGCACUCCGUACCGCGGGGUGGUGCACGCGGUGCAGACGAUAUCUCAGAAGGAGGGCGUGUCUGCGAUGUACUCGGGGCUUUCGGCGGCGCUAACACGGCAGGUGACGUAUACGACGAUGCGGCUCGGGCUGUACGCGACGCUGCGCGAGAGGGCGGCGGACGAGGAUGGAACGGUGUCCAUGGGGACAAAGUUCGCGGUGGGGACGGCGGCGGGCGGUAUCGCCAGCGCGAUUUCCACGCCCGUCGAGGUGGCUAUGGUGCGGAUGUACUCGGACGGGGCGGCGCCGGUGGCGCAGCGGAGGGGGUACAAACAUAUUGCCGACGCGCUGUUUAGGAUUGCGCGCGAGGAAGGGGUUCUGGGAUUGUGGGCUGGGGCGAGCCCGACGAUUGUGCGGAGCAUGGUGGCGAACUGCGUGCAGCUGGGGACGUACGACCAGGCAAAGGAGUUUUACAUGGGGAGCGGGUGGAUGCGGGAGGGGGUGGGGUUGCAUGUGGCGGCGUCGACGACGAGCGGGUUUAUGUACUCGCUGGCGACGCUGCCGAUCGACUCGGCCAAGACGAGGAUGCAGAACCAGCGGGGGAUGGAGGGCGGCGGGAGGAAGUACAGAAGCUUGGGGCAGACGAUGGCGGUGGUGGCCAGGGAGGAGGGGGUCGUGUCCCUGUGGAGAGGGUUCUUGCCGUACUUUUCGCGGUGCGCAGGUCACACGGUCGCGAUGUUCCUGGUGCUGGAGCAAGUCAAGAAAGUGCUCUAGCACGGUGCAACGAACCUGAGGUCCUUUGCGCGCGUCGCGCUGGUCCAAUGACCAGGUGGCACGUUCCAUCUUGCACACGUGUACACGAGCUUUGUGUGGGACCCAUCAACGAAAUAAAGACACGCGUGUGUGUGUUGCUCAAAUGAAA